AUGAUAUGCAGGAAAUAUCCUCUACUUGCUGAACGAUUCGAAGUUGAACUGGCAAGUAAAAGGAGCAAAGGUGGGUGUAAUUCACGUAGCAGCUGCAUGUAUAUUGUAUGUACAGUAUGGUCAAAAACAUCUUUUCUUAAAUCUAUUUUUGAACACCAUAUCUCUAGCUAUUUAUAUUCUAUAACUUUAUCCUAAACCCAAUCCUCAUUCUUACUCUCAGUUAACUCCUCCCAGCCUAUAUGAAAAUCAUCGCUUUUAUCGGUGUAUAGGUAUAUCUACUGUAUGCAAAACUAUACUGAAGCUAUAAUAUGUAAUUACUAAUUACUAUAGGAUUUGUUUGGAAAUUGGGAUGUUUUUCUCACGGAUGGAGUCGGAUAAUUUGUGCAAAAAUGGACUCUUGCACACAUACAGUACUAUACUGAACUACAGAGUCCAUGACAUAAUUUUAUUUAUUCUAAUAUCAAGGUAAAACGAAGAAGGGCAAGAAAACUAAAACGGCGGCAGAUGAACUGGAAUGUUUGGAUGAUCUGUUGUGCAAAAUUAAUAACAUAGACCUCAACGAGAACACGAAGAUCAUGGCAGAACAUUCUAACAACGAUUGUAAUGAUAAAGAUAUUUCCAGGAAGACAUCUCAAAAGGUCACAUUAGCAGCGGGACCUUAUUUUGAACCGCAUCAGCAUUCCUGGAGUUAUGACCUUGAAGAUAAUUCACUAGCUGGUCCAAUGACCAAUUAUACUCGAACUUCUGAAAGUAGAAAGUUUUAUGCCGAUGACAAAAUUGAAAAUGUGGACUCAAAAGAGGCAGAAAGCCGUGCGGAUUUUGUUUGUAUAAAACCCGAUCAACUUCUUGGGACAAAUAGAUGUGAAAAUGCUUCCCCUAUUAUCGUUAAUAGUUCAUACACUCUCCCGAAUCUCAACUUUGGAGCUGUCGGCAGUUCCAGCUCUCCAGCAGAAAAUGAAAAGACAAUCCUCAACCUUGCAGAUAUCACGGUAGAUCAAUCAUUUGGAAGUGAUUUUGAAGCUAUUGAUGAUUUACUUACAGAUUCGUUUGUCGCUAGUCUACAGAAUAUAACACCCGUGCAUGGUAGCUCUUGUCAUUAUAGCACCGAAAUAUCUCCAAGUUUCAAAUUAUUUAGUACCAACACUAAUCAUGGUAAUAGUGAUGUUUUGUUUGAAACAACCAUGAUGAAUCAAAGUGAAAAUGUAUUACUAACAUCUUUUGGGGAUAAGAAGUUCAUUGAUAGCCCGCAGGAACUGGAUAUGAAUCCAACUGGAGUGAAAAGGCAAGAAUUUUCGACUGCAAUUGAUGGGUUGGACGACGAAAAUAGUAUCUGCGAACCCAAAGCGAAGUUCUCAGUUGCUGCCUCUGACACACCGUCCUGUCGAGAGACAACCUCUUUAACGUCGCGUCUUUUGAAGCGCUUUCAAACCGAGAAUCGUACAAAUAUGGCAGAUAAGCUGCGUUCUAUUUCUGGUGAUAAAGAACUCGUGUAUAGUGACAAGGAAAUUAAUAAAUCAACUGAACCUCCUACAUAUCGUGCUAAACAAAACAAGAGGUUUGUCACUGAGGUUCACGAUAUGAAUGGACCUCUUACCAAUAUUUCCAAUAUAGGAAAAGAAAUGAAAAGUUCAAAGGCAAAGCCAAAGGAUGUUAUUGUGCUAGACUAGAUUUUAGUGGUAUAUAGAUUUUUUAUAGAUUAUAUUGAAAUUUUUUAAAUGAAUUAAAUUAUAACUUGACAAGAGCGAA